AUGUCCUCAAGUAUGCAAAAGCAACAUCCCCAAUCCGUUCACGGAGAAAAGGACGAUAGAACAUACGGUGCUUUCCAAAAUGCCAUCUACAGAGAUGGCAUGUUCGCCAAUACCGUGCCAACCGUGACUACCGACCCCAACAAACUAGAAGAGCAGGCACGUUCUAAGCUCUCAUCCACAUCAUACAACUAUGUAGCAGGAGGCGCCGGCGAAAGAUCCACCAUGGAUGCCAACAGACUCGCAUUUAGACAAUGGAAGAUGGUUCCGCGAAUGUUGCGUCCCACCACCAAAAGGGAUCUCCGUGUCAAUAUCUUUGGUCAGGAAUAUGACAGUCCCAUCCUGAUGGCUCCAGUUGGCGUUCAAAAGAUCUUCCAUGACGACAAGGAAACUGGACUUUCAGAAGUAUGUGCCGAGAUUGGUGUACCAUAUAUUCUGAGCACCGCUUCUUCAUCAUCAAUCGAAGAAGUAGCCGAAUCCAACGGCCCCAACGGCCAUCGCUGGUACCAACUCUACUGGCCCCAAGACGACGAGAUUACCGUGUCCCUCCUGCAGCGCGCCAAAGCCUCGGGCUACAAAGUGCUCGUCGUCACCAUCGACACGUGGGCAUUAUCCUGGAGACCCGCCGAUCUAGACGGAGGAUACGUGCCCUUCAUGAAAGGAGUCGGCGACAAAACCGGCUUUACGGACCCCGUUUUCCGGCGCAAAUUUCACGAAAAAUUCAAUGCUGCUCCUGAAGAAAAAGUCUUUGAGGCGUCGCAAGAAUGGGUUGGUGAUAUAUUUUCCGGCGCUGCGCAUACCUGGGAUCAAAUCAAACUUUUGAAGGAUAAUUGGGAUGGACCUAUUGUUCUCAAGGGGAUCCAACAUCCUGAUGAUGCAUUGGAAGCUGUGAAGGCUGGUGUUGAUGGUAUCAUCGUUAGUAACCACGGUGGUCGCCAACUCGAUGGUGCAGUCGGCUCGCUAGAAAUGUUACCAGAGAUUGUCGAGGCUGUGGGUGAUAAAUUGACGAUUCUAUUUGAUAGUGGUAUUCGCACUGGUGUGGAUGUUAUCAAAGCACUCAGUUUGGGUGCCAAGGCUGUCUUGGUGGGAAGACCGGCUAUCUAUGGAUUGGCAGUGGGGGGAAAGCAAGGAGCUAAACAGGUCUUGCAAGGGAUUUUGACGGAUGUGGAUCAGAGUAUGGGAUUGGCGGGUAUCCAGGAUAUCAAGGGAUGUAAUCGUUCGAUGAUUCGAAGGGUACAGUACGGUGGAGAUGUUAAAGCUAAUAAUUGA